GCUUGGGCCAGAUUCGAUGGCAACUGCCGCCGCUUUUGUGUUGGCGACGCCCGACCUGGCUCGCUGCAUCACCGCUUAUCAAUAUGGCGAGUACCGCGAUAUGCUGCCUUUCCAUCACCUGAAGAAGCCAUCGCAUCCGUCGUCGUUUAUGGGCAAACCGUCCAAGUCGAUCCUCCAAUACCACGUCGUGCUGAGUCCUUGGCUCCAGGAGUACGGCACGACCCGCCUCGAGAUCAUGUUUCAAUGCCACGCGCACAUGCUUGAGAUCGUAGUCCUUCACGCCGUCAUUUUUGGCCACCUUCCAUCGAUCCAGUACAUGUCGAAGCACUACGCCGAUUUCGUGCUGACGUUUCCUGUCCCGUUGCUCGAUGUUGCAGCGUCCAACAACCACCUCGACGUCGUUCAGUUUCUCCACAAGACAGACCACCCUGGGUGUACUGUCGAUGCAAUGAACUGGGCCGCGAAAUAUGGACACCUGGACGUGGUGACGUUUCUGCAUGCCCAUCGCAGCGAGGGCGGCACGUCGAAGGCCAUGGACAUGGCGGCAAUGAACGGACAUUUGAAUGUGGUGCAAUUUCUGCAUAGCCACCGCAUGGAAGGGUGCACGAUGGACGCAAUGACCGAGGCGGCGUGGAAUGGACAUUUGGAUGUGGUGAAGUUUCUGCAUGCCCACCGGAGAGAAGGCUGCUCGAGAUGGACCAUGGAUCGCGCGGCGUGGAAUGGACAUUUGGAAGUGGUGAAAUUUUUGCACGAACAACGAAGCGAAGCGUGGACGUCCCAGGCGAUGGAUAUGGCCGCCUGGAACGGCCACCUCGCCGUGAUUCAAUACCUUCAUGCGAUCCCACACAGCGUCGGAUGCACUCCAAACGCCCUCAACUUUGCAGCAAUGAAUGGACAUUUGGACAUUGUGAAAUUUCUCGUCCAUGCGCGCACCGAAGGUGACUUGGACAUGGCCCUUGCGUCGGCAUCGCAAAUGGGCCAACUCGACGUCAUGCAGUAUUUAGCGUCCAGACCAUUGAAAGUAAACUCGUAAUACAACGAGACCAUGGA